CAUACCCUGGCCUUAAACGCACGAGCUCGUGGUUGUGACAGGCGUGCAUGUGUGCGCGUACGCGGACUGUACACGGGUGUGACAUUUCAGGGUAGCAAGGGCGAGAAGGGCGAACGAGGCUUCAUGGGGCCGAUCGGGUUAGACGGACCUAAAGGCGACCCGGGCCGGCCGGGGGACAAGGGCCAGAAGGGCGAGCACGGCAGCCCCGGCUUCGACGUAUUCUCCGCAGUGAAGGGGCUGCAGGCGGCCGGGCACAACAUCUCCGCGCACUCCGUCAUACAGCUGAAGGGCGAGCCAGGGGAACCAGGACCCCCGGGUCCGCCCGGCCCGCCAGGCGGUGAAGGAGUACCGGGUCGCGACGGACGCGUCGGGCCACCAGGGCCGGGGGGAGCGCCCGGGCCAGCCGGCGCGCCAGGACCCGCCGGCCCUCUCGGCCCGCCUGGACCAGUCGGAUCCAUCGGACACAAGGGUGACAAAGGCGACAAAGGAGAGCGAGGUUACACGACAACAUUAAAAGGCGAUGCGUUUCCCACCGGCAUCAUCGAGGGUCCCCCGGGCCCGCCAGGACCACCCGGUCGCGCCGGCGAGGCGGGGCCGCGCGGCCCUCCCGGACUCGCCGGCCCGAUGGGGCCUGCCGGCGUGCCCGGCCCGCCUGGCAAGCCGGGCGAACCGGGGCCGAAAGGCGUAAAAGGAGAAUACGGCGACAUGGGCUCACCUGGCAUGCUGGGCGCGCCGGGGCUCCCGGGACCGCCCGGGUAUCCCGGCCUCAAAGGCGACAAAGGCGAUAAAGGCGACUCGAAGUACAGGAAGCUGAGAAGGAGGCAGAACUUGCAGGGAGACGGCACCGGCUACGAGCUCUACGGACAUGAAAUAAUGAUGGGCCCGCCGGGUGCUCCGGGGCCCGCGGGGCCGCCGGGAGUGGCCGGCCCACCCGGAAUCAAGGGCGACAAGGGCGAGCCCGGCACGCGCGGCAAGGCGGGCGAGAGAGGCGAGAAGGGCGACGCGGGUCCCAUGGGUUUGCCGGGUCCGGUGGGGCUGCCGGGCGAGCCGGGCCGGCCGGGCGAGGCGGGGCCGCGGGGCCCGCCGGGACUGGACGGCAUGAAGGGAGCGCAGGGCGAGCCGGGCACCAAGGGCGAGCGCGGCGACCCCGGCCUGCCAGGCACCGACGGAAUCCCCGGACAGGAGGGGCCGAAAGGUGACAAAGGCUACAAGGGAGAACCCGGUCCCGUGGGCAAGCGAGGCCGCAAAGGCGACAAAGGCGACAAGGGCGAUCAAGGAGUGCCCGGACUCGACGCGCCAUGCCCGCUUGGCCCCGAUGGUCUGCCGCUGCCGGGCUGUGGCUGGAGACCCACAAAGGAGUCGGUGCCGCUGUUGCCGCCGCGCGAGGAGCCUGGGCCGGGGCUAGGUGCGGCCGACGCCGACCACUCCGAGGAGGAGGGUGAUGGUGACACCGCCGACGAGUACGAGGGCCGCGACGACGAGCUCGACGCGCCGCGCGACUACGACGACUACACGGACAACGCGCACCAUGCGCACCACCACGACUAACCCCAGCACCCCUCCCUACAUUCACUGCCAGCUCCAAUCGUGGGGUUCGUGCAUGCGCUCGACCCGACUACGGCCUUGUAAAUACAACCAUAUAAAUACUAACCGUGGUGUAAGGAGGGACCAGUAAUGCGUGCACUAACCACAUGACACAUCUUACUCCUCGCUCCUCGCUCGCCGCCCGCCACUACCGACUCCCACUUACUGAUUCCCACGUCCACUGUUCCCGUGCCAACUGCUGGGAAGUAUUUGGAUUUGAGGCGGUGCUGCAAUGGGUGCGCAGGCGGCUGGACGUCGACAACGACCUGCCGCCAUGAGCAGCCACUACGCGCCACCCUCCGCCACCGGCCGCCAGCCCCAAACGCCACGCCGCAUGCACUAGCUCAUACGAAUCUAAGUUUAUACAAAUUACGUGCAUAAUUUUCAUUUAAAAAGACUGUGCGACAUUUCUUGUGUAAGUACUGCACGCGUGUCGGCUGGCAUGGUGGGCGGCAGCACGGCGGCGGCGCGGCGGUGGCGCCUAACUGCCCGCGCUACAGCGCGUGGAGCGUCGCGCACCACUGGCACCUUGUAAAUUUUCAGCCGAGUACAAAAUGUAUUGUGAAUAACAUUAAAGGACUGUACAUAUUGUUAAACACUAACGUUACAUUAUUAUAAUGCUAACCGCCGCCUGCGGCUGUCUUUAUUUAAUAUUUACAACACAAUGAUACCAGAUACAGUCGACACCGGUGCGGGGCGGGAUACAUUACACGAUAUUAUGAUAACAAUAAUAAAUUAUCGCGUAAAGUUAAUUUAUACAGUAGUGGUGUUAAUGACAAACUUUACGUGUUAUUAGUAUGUAAUAAUGAAGUACCGUCUACAGAACACAGAACACAAGCCCCCAGUGGGUAGGGGGAAUGCGGGGUAGUAAGGACGCGCAGGCGGCGGCGCAGCACCGACUGCGCUGUAAAUAUACGUUAGCUUCGUGGUCGUAUGCAAUAUACGGGACGAAGCGCGCGCGGCUGUGCCUAUCCCGCGACCAACACGCGACGACGACGUGACGUCGAAGUACCGGCGCGGUGACUAUGCGACCGCGCACGCAUUGUUCUGUAUAGCUAUAGUUUAAGCAUAUUAAUAUAAUGAUUUUUACGAUACUA